AUGAGUACGCAAGAUCGGUUAACAGUAGGAAUGGGUUGCACAUACUGUAGAUUAAUCUGCAAUAUGUUAAGUAUAUCAGAAUAAUCAAGAAAUAUAUACAUUUAUAUAAUAGAUGUUUUGAUGUUAAAUUUUAGCCAAGAUUUCCUGGUGCUUCUGCAGAUUGUAUUGGGCUACCUUGUUCAAUAUAAACAUUUUUUGUUUCAAUCUUUAGAUUGUUCGAAGCAUUGACUUGAAAUCUGAAAGCUCUGUCACGACAAAUGAUGGUAUCGACUCGUGGGUACUUCUUGCACAAGAGGUAGAAAAUGAUCAGUCUUACCCACAACCAGACACAGAGCUACCAACUGUUACUGCAACUUCUACAGCUAUGUCAGAAUGUCAGAAUUGUGCUAAUCACAAAACAAAGUUUGGUCGUCUUCAUGAAUCGUACCGAAAGCUGAAAUACCGGCACAGAAAAUUGCGUAAAGAAGCCCGUCAAUUGCCACAAUUGUGCAACUUUCAGGUACUCUAUGUGAUAAUAUAAUGCUUUGGAUAAUGGUAAAACUAAUUUGGCUAAUUAACCCAUUAGCUGGCAAUGCACCCAGAUGUACCCAUCUUACGCUAUCCAACCCCAGACAAUUUUACUUGUCGGUCCAGUUAAUGGGUUAAAUAAUGUGCUGUGAAAAAAUGUAUGUUCAACUACCGAAAUUUCCAAUGUUUAUUUGUUGGAUGUUCUAUAAUGAAAUAGAUCAUAUUGUGUAAUGUAAACUGAUAAAGUUUUUCUCAAUUUCUAGAAAUCUGAAAAUAAAAAUUCAAAUUCAUCAGAAGAUUGCCAACAAACAGCAAUUCAAGAAGAGGUUGAAACUGAUAGUGAUGAAAUUAUCAGUGACGAUGAAAACGAGAAAGUUGGUGUGUACGAGAGAGAUGAAGAUUGGGUAGCGAUGGAAGAAGAAAUAAACGAAGAGGAUUAUGUCACUGCUUCUGAAGAUGAACAAAUGAAUGAAACAUCAAAAUGUGAUAUAAGGUCUGUAUAGAACAACCGUAGUUAUAAAUUGAGAUUAAUCUAAAUAUUUAGACAUUUACAGAUACUGUACAGUGCAUCUGGGGAGAGUAAGGUGUUCCAGAAAAUAUUCACAUUCUCCUCACAAAGAGAAUUUGUGUCAUCUGAAGUGGCAAAUCUACUGUACCGGGUACUACUGAAAAUAGCACAAUGAUAAGCAUGUCCAUACAAAUGUAUUAGCAGGUUCAGACUUCAAAUUUAAGAUGUGGAUGUUUCCUGAAAUGACCAGAUGUAUUAUAUUCAUAAUCUACAUCCUGUACAUCAUGAUGUAUACAGUAUAUAGGAAAUAGAGAAAAUGUUAUGCAUACAGGUAAUUCAUUUUUUCUCACUUGUAGAGUUGAACCUGAAAAAAUUGCACUGCAAAAAUUGCCCAAAUGGUUUCACUUGGAGGAGCCAGCCUCUCAUAAUGGGAACCUAUCCUGCUGGAAAUAUGUUGUUAAGCUUUGCAAUAUUGAUGGCAGGUGCAUCGAUCAGCAAGGUACUGCUCGUUUUCAAGCAUUUUGGUAUGCAGGCUUAUGA